GUGAAGCGGUAUCGAAGUGAUUACGUUUUCGCGGGAGAGCUUCUAAGGCAGUGUUCACACGGCCAUACACAACGAUGUUUUCCAAAGCAUUGGUAUUGUGCGCGUUUCUCGUCUUGCAGGUCCACUGUGAUUUCUACAGUGACUUGCGGCUAUUUCACACGUUAGAUCCAUUCAGGCAAUCAUGGGACGUAGGAACCACAAGAGCUGCGGAGUCUAUCGGCAAAGAUCGAGAGCCAUUGGCUCCAGAUUAUAAGGAUCCCGAUUCAUCAGCGACAGAACAGAAAGCAGUGACCCAACAGAAACCUCAAGAAGAAAAACCGGCCGGCAAGGGUGUUGUUGGAGGUGGCAUAGGCGUGGGGGUAGUUGACGUUGAUGCUAACGGAGGCAAUCCUCUCACGACGGCUUUCAGCUCGGCCUUUGACUUUCCCAACUUUGGAUUGGGCGAAAUCCUUGGAGGGUUCAAUAGGAACCAGUGGUGGAAGGGGAAGAACGUAUGUAUAGAAAGAGAAGAAAGUUCGGACGACAAUGAUGCUGAAGAGGUGGAAGGCAAGAAGAAUGAAACUGAAACUGGCAGAGAUGCUUUCUCUACUUCUAUCAGAUUAUCAAACUGUUUUGAAAUGCCACACAAGUAUGAAUGUAUAACCAAGAUAAACAACCACGGAGUAGUGAAGACCUUCACAGUCCGUUACAAGUGUUGCUAUGGCUACCAGCGUGAGAAGGGUGCCAACGAAUGUACCAAACAACGCGAUCUGAAACCUCUUCUGGAAACGUUGGAUGAUCUGAAGACCAAGGACUUCAGAAACAUGAUAAAAUCCACCAGUUUGGACGAGAAAUUCGCUGAAGGCAACUAUUCCCUAUUCGUACCAACUGACGAUGCUAUCAAUGAAUAUAAUGAAAGGAUUGCUGAGUCGAACAAAGUGGAUGCCAACCGUCGUCGCCGCAAUAUAAAGCACAACGUUUCUCCAAAAGAAAUGGUCCUUAGCCACGCAGUAGAAGGUUUUGUGGACUUAACGGAAUAUUCAAAUGAUGACGUCAUUUACAGCGACAACAAUAACAGUAGUAUCAGGAUCAACUUCUACCCAACGAACAGAAACGAAAAACUGGUGACGGUAAAUUGUGCUCGUAUCAAGAGGCCAAACAUAUUUGCAUCAAACGGCAUUGUGCAUGUUGCUGACGGAGUAGUCGUACCUGCUACAGAAGAUAUUGAGUCUAUCAUCAAGAAUCAUCCGCGGUUGACCAAUUUGAGAAAAGCAAUCGAAAACUCAGACAUUCCUAAGAAAAUGAAGCCUGAUGGCCACUAUACUGUUUUUGCACCAACAGACGAAGCUUUUGCUAAGUUGGAUGACAUUCAGAAGCAGAAAAUAAUCAAUGGCGAACUAUGUGCUGCAAGUAUCUUGAAGCAUCACUUCACAGCUCACACAAUAUGCUCCAAAGCUAUUGUCGGCAACGCCACAACGCAUAACGUACAAGGAGACUUGUUGAACCUGGAGAGAACUGACGAUGACGAAGUAUUGUUUGAAGGAAAAGCCAAAAUCGUUGAAGCUGACAUUAUUGCAACGAAUGGAGUCAUUCAUCUGAUCGAUCAAGUAAUCAUUCCUGAUUCAGGUUUAUCUAUUGGCAGCGUUCUCAACCACCAAAACUUUACGAAAUUCCAAGAGAUGAUCGAAAAAGCGGGCAUGAAAGAAGAAGUGAACAGUUUGCAAAAUGCUACUGCGUUUGUACCACCAGACAGAGUUUUUGAAUCACCAGAAGCUCAGAAGAUACUCGAGGAAGCCAAUCCGGAUAAGCUUAAAGAGAUCGUAAGGUACCACUUUGUCCAGGGUUUGCUUCCAUCUGGAGACAUGAACAAUAACGUUAUGCUGGCGUCUAAGGAUAACGAACUACCUUUAAGAAUCAACUUGUAUUCAACUCUUCCGUUAUUUACCAACAUUGUGAAUCGCGCGACCGUCAACUGUGCCCGAGUGACUGGAUUCGACGAAAAGGCAUGCGGUUCGGUUAUUCACGAGGUAAACCGAAUCCUGGUGCCUCCCACUCGUAACAUUCUGGAGACUAUCGAGGCGGAGCCCAAAUACUCGACCUUGAGGGCGGUUCUCAAGGACACCGAAGUGGAAAAGGUCCUGCAGGAGAACAACAGGUCGUUGACCUUCUUGGCACCCACUGACGAGGUUUUCGCUGCACUCGAAGAAAAGGACAGGAAGAUGCUGUUGGAGAAUAAAGAGAAGGCUAACAACGUGUUGAAGAACCACGUUUUGACAGAGGUUCUCUGCUGUUCGGGUGUAGGCCCUCAAUCCUGGGGCUUCAGCAGCCUGGUUUCUACUCUAGGUGAAAGCCAAGUCGAAGUAGGCAGGACCGGCAGCAGGAUCCGCAUCAACAGGGCUGUGGUGACAAACUGUGAUACUGUGGCUACCAACGGUGUCAUACACACCGUCAACAAGGUCAUUGCUCCCAGACAGCCACAGGUGGCAGCUAUCGGAGGAGGAUUCUUCCUCUUCGACCUUUGAACAGUGAUAUUUGGAUACAAUACGUGUUGGUUAUGGACACAGAACAUCGGGGUUUCGUUGAUAGGACUCCAUGUUUCUCUAGCCAAAUGAACCAUUCCACAUAUAAAAAUCAAUAUGAAAUAUUAAAUAUAUAUAUUAUUCAUAGUUAAUUGCCGUAACUGUUAGGAGAAAAUAUCCUUGAAUUUCUUUGGGUAGAAAGCAAAGUAUUGCAAAAGUACACUCUCGUAACUUAAACCCGAGCUUUCGAAGAUCUAUGUCUUCAUCGUCUGGAGCUGGAAACAAUUUAUUAGCAACAAUUAACAAUUAGGAGGAAUAAUAGUUACUUACUAAGUCGGCGAGAUUGUUGCUGAAAUUGUUUUUAAACAACAGUGCAGGCAACACAUCAUCGACGCUAAAAAACUGGACCGAUGAUGUUCGAUUAGGACGGAAUUAUUUUAUUAUUAAAUGGCAAAUCAUUUUGAAAGGUUUUGAUUGAUUUUGGAAGAAAUUUGGAAAUUUGAAAACUAUCAACUAUUGAAAAUUCCUUCGAGAUUUCAUCUUUUUUUCCACCUAUAACCUCCACAUUAUCCAACACGUGCCGGCCGACUGACAUUCCAUAGUGGCGUAUGAAGUGUGACAUUGACGUUAUUGGAAGGUCAUUCGUUGUGUCGUCACUGUGACGUGUGUUGCCUGCUAUGUAGUGUGUUUUGUAAUAUAGUGCAAGAGAUUGUGCUAUUAUUGACCGAUGAAGUACAAAGGUAUUUUCAAAACUUGAUAGAUGUUGCUUUGGAAGGAGCGUGAUAUGGAUGUUAUUCUACCAAACAACUAGGAAAUGUGUAGGGAAUAUUCACACUUGAGAACAAAAGACUAUGCGCAAUUUUGAUUUUGAUUUUAUUAAGAUGAUUGAAAAUUAUUAUUAUGUAGAUUGAGCGAUUAUUGGGAGAGGUAGAUGUUGGGGCAAAUAAGUUGCUUUUCCAAUUUUCUCUGUCCAGCACCGUGAUAUCAUUGUAUCUCAUUUGAUGCCCUGUGGAGUUGACGUGUGAAGCUAGAGCACAUCUUUCUGGAUGCAAUGUCUACUCCAUCAAUUGUAAUAACUGCAAUCUCACAUACGUAGGUCGAACUUCAAGAUCCCUUAAAGGUAGAAUAACCUCACAUAAAAGUGAUGCCCGACUGUCACCUGGAAGACAAAUAAACAGAAUACAUUUUCAUUUAGAUCUGUACUUCCAAACAUACCUUCCUGGUGGCAGGAGCUGCAGCAAAUAGUAAUUUGUAUUUAUGUAGUUUCAUUUGAUCAGAAUGAACUAGAGUUUUAUCUGCAUGAAAACCGCACUUUCAGAUGAACAUGAUUCGGGGUUUGGAUCUGAAAUUCUAUUUUUUUUGUCACUUAUACACAAAUUCAACGUUUUAUCUAAUCUAUUUUUGGAGAUCUGAAGAGGAAACAAUUGUUCUAUAUAGAACAAUUUGUAAUAUUGACUAGCUAGAGCACCUAGAACAAUGUACCCUCGACCACCAUUUUGUUCUCUUCUACAGGGAUACUAUGUAUAUUACAACAGACUAGCUUAAAUAUCAGGUCGAAGUUAUUAGUCAGAAGGUGUUGGGGUAUUAAGUAAGCUGUCUAGCGACACAAGCUUCCAGUGAUCCAAAAAUAGCAUCAGAAUAUUCUUUCUCCUGCUUACAAAGUACAAAAAUAUCUGUGUAAAAGUCAAACAUAUUUUCUGAACCAAUUAUAGCCAAAAUCAACACUGUGUUGUCCAGAAUUCAAAACCUAGUGAUAACUCAUGAUAAGUAAAGUAGUUGUAUUUUUAUACUAUGUGUAUGACUGAGACGAGUACUGUAAUCUGUAACACGGUGAUUUGUUAACUUCUGGUUGGCAGCACUUGGUGCAUAUUUAUUUUUUGCAUUUUAUAAGUGUAUGUAUGGUUUUAUAUUACGUUUAAUAAACUAUAGUUUCAGUA